AUCGUCGUGAAAUUUGGAUUCAUUUGAAGUAUUUCAUUUCGUCCCCUAGGCGGCGCGCAUGUUUCUCAACGGUUCCAAGUCAAUUGCAUCUUCAGUAGCUCGAAAUUCGAACAAUUUCUACCCGCGGGAUUUGCAAUUUGAAUCGGGGGUUGCAGAUUCUUGAAUACGCUGUGGGGCUUCAAAAAUGGCGUCCCAUGCGACCAUUUCGAAAUUCAAAUCAUCGGAUUUUCGGGCACUUCCCGCUCCGGAGGGUUUUGAUUUCAUAAGCUCAGGUCGUGAUUAGUCUCGACUAGAAGAAAGGGCACAGAAUCCUCAAAAUGUGAAGGUUUACGACUGCGCAUCAUCGAUGCAAGACUGCGGAGGAUCGACGGGAAUGAAAUGCGUCGAUGUCGGAGAGAGGUCGAUUCGGCGAAGUGUGGUGUGAUGAUUCUACCCGAGGAGUUCGGCGAUGAGAUUCGAGUUUUUCUUCGAUUCCUGCGGAGGAGAUUUUCAAUUGUUUUUUUGGAAGAUUUAUGUGUCCUCAGAAAUGUGCACUACAUCAAAUUGGAUUCACUGACUGCACUCAUUAUUUACAAGACGGUUUCCCCCACAGUCCUCAGCGUGAGACUCGAACUUAGGCGUAGAUCGAAGCCGACCAGCUGCCUCACCAAUUGAGCUGGGAUUCAUCGGUGAAACGAGUGAUAAGAUCUUCGAAUCUGCGUCAAAACGUCUUCUUUGCAAAGGAAGGAAUUAUUGCUAGAUUAGUCAUUGGAGAAUAUCUUGAGCUCGGAGGGUUUGAAUCCCAGCAAGCACCUCUCUUCUUGAAUCUCGGUGAAGGGGACGGCCCAAGAUGAAUACUUCAAGUAUUCCCAAUUGAGUUCGCACUGCCUAUGUUCCACCGACUCGCGAACAAUUGAGCAUUCCGGGGCAGCGAGUUCUGAACAAGGCGGGAACUCCGAGCCGUAUUCGGUUCGAGAAGAGAACGUAAUGCAGAUUAAAGAAGGAAAUCAAUGAAGGCUCCGUGUAAGUGAGUCCUCGGUUCAGGCGAGCCUCUCAAAGCAGCGACGCUUGCGCAGGAAGCAAAGAAGAAACUAAUCUUUUCGUUUGAUUGGCAAAGACUCGCGUAUCUCGACAUGAAAGGGCGAUCAGAGAGUGCAGGAAAUUCGAGACCGGCAUCGACCUGUCGCGGGCAAGAAGUUGAUUCUGAAUUCUCUAAGUGGAUUAAUGAAGCGCGUGAAGAAUAGAGAGGAAAAAAUGGGCAUGAGAGUUCCAGCGCGUAGGGUCCGAUCGGCUCAUCCUGGGGGAGGUUCGUAAUCGUUCGGUCAAAGACCCAAGGACACAGAAUCCGCCCCGUCAGAAUGUCCUCUAGUGGUUUACCAGGCAGGACGGGAACUUUACAUUCCAGAUCUGAACGAGUGGGGUUGAUUUCAGCGAGGCAUACAAUUCUUCUCAACUCGAUCGCAGAUCGGGCGUGUCACGAGGCGCCUUCCUGGUUAACCUCAGAGGCAACACAUCACGGAGGACUCCGCAACGCCUCUUGGGCGCGCCAAAGCCCGUCCCCACGCUCAGCUUUCAUGCCGGCUUUCAGGACUCUCAGGCAGAGUUCUAUCGGCUCGACUCUCUAUAUACUCCAUAGAUCUUGCAGCUUUCCUCGAUUAUGGUUUAAAUCUCCAUCCUAGCGUCAACUAAAUCUUUCUUCGCCAUUCUGUCGUCGUUCUCCGGAUUCUUUUACUUCUCCCGCUCCCCUGAUUCGACGGAUGGGCAUUUGGGUGGUAAAAUGUGGUCCUGGAUGCUUCGAAAGCUUUCAACAAAUUCGAUCUUCACUCGAAGAUGUUGCAAAAAUAGCAUAAUCCCCUUCUGAUGAUCAGAGAGGGAAUAUCAACAGCCCUUCUGAUGAUCGGAAGGGCUGUUGAUUCCUGGCCGUGCCUCUUCUUUCAUCUCUGUUCUCCUGCUCCUGAUUUCUUGCUUCUCGGUCGGAAAAGCCACUGAAAGAUGUUCUGGACAUUGGGAAUCUUCUGAGCUUCUUCCGAUCGACGAUAGACGUCAUCUACCGUCCCGCCGAUCAGAAGUGACGACCCGAAACCCUCACCCAGCUUCCGCAGCGCAUGAUCUCAUCGUUCGUAUCUAUUUCCCAAAUCUUUUUAGUUCUCCUGAUUUUCCUGGUUCUCGUGGUUCUCGCCAGCACAGACUGGACAGUCGGUUGGAUACCGAACGUAUACUCGGGGCCAUCGCGGGCGUUUUGAUUGUUUCCAACUCUGCCCGAUCCGUCUGAUUGCCUUCCUGGUGAUCAGGAUCUGAAGGAAGCCUGCGAUCGGACUUUUCAGCACAUGAUUUCAAGGAAAACAAUUGCGAGUGAAGCCCGCAUGUGUUAACUUCCGUGACAGGUUGAAACAUAUGCAGGAUAGCGUUUCCAGGCCUGCUUCAGCCAUAUCGGAGACUGGACAGAUUCUUUCUGAUAGGCAGCAACCGGUUUCCGUUCAAUCACGAGAGGAAUCAGUUUGUCGUAGUAAAUGAGAUUAAAUCACAAGGGACAUCCAUCCAUUAUCCUUCACCGAGUCCUUCAGCGUAUUUACUCAUUACGAUUAACUUAGACUUAAAAAUGUAGCUGCUAUGUUUAUUAUUAUGGAUGUUGUGACAUAUAUUGGAAAGGUCAUGUAAUGGUUCAGGGGAAUAGUCCAAUAAGCGGCGAAGGAGGCUUCACUGAGGAGGUUCAUCUACGAGAACAUUGAAGACAAAAAUCAUGAUCAAAUACCUCCGUUAGUGUCUCACAUCUUCAGCAGUAACCUAGUUUUGUCUUUGUUUCUUCUGACCAAGAAUUUACAGCCUAAUAGACAAAAGGGGUUUCAACGCCUCAUCCACCAUCCUUUCAAUUUACAUCCUAGCCUCACAUGAAUGAUUCAGU